GUUCUGACGUCAUCCGAGUGCGCCACUACUUGAAAGAAGGCGGUGUCAGGGUGCUGCCGUCUAUUUACCACCUGAAUUUCUUCUAAAACUGCGGAACAGCGGCUGCUGGGAUGCCAAAGAAGUUCCAGGGUGAGAACUCCAAGGCGGUAACAGCCAGAGCCCGCAAGGCGGAGGCCAAGGCAGUUGCUGACGCCCGCAAGAAGCAGGAGGAAGAUGAUGCCCUGUGGCAGGAAACUGACAAACAUGUACUCAAAAAAGAGCAGAGAAAGGACGACAAGGAGAAGAGGAGGAUGGAGAUGUUAGAAAGAAAGAAGGAAACUCAGCGACUUCUGGAUGAGGAAAAUGCCAGAAUUAAAGGCAAAGCCCAGAAGGAGGGCGGAAGUACAGGUGGAAAAGUGACUCGAGCCCAGAUUGAGGAGUCCAUUCAUAAUGUGCCGCAGCCUCGGGAGCUUAAACCACAAGAGAAGAGCCAUCUAGAGACUCCGCUGGAAGAAAAUGUGAACAGAAUUGUGUUAGAGGAAGGAACGGCAGAAGCAAGAACGAUAGAGGAUGCCAUUGCAGUGCUCAGCGUGCUGCCUGAGGACCUGGACCGCCAUCCUGAGCGCAGGUUGAAAGCCGCUUUCACUGCCUACGAGGAAGCCAACAUGCCUCGAUUAAAGAUGGAAAACCCCAACAUGAGAUUGUCUCAGCUGAAGCAGCAGCUGAAGAAAGAGUGGACAAAGGCUCCCGAAAACCCCCUGAAUCAAAAGUUUGCCGUUUACAACUCCAAGUGAAGGCACCACCUUACUUUUAGAUUCUAUUGAAAACUGUCUCUCGCACAUUGGAGUCCUCAUUCAUCCUAAAUUGUGUUGCUACAGGGAACAUCAUAAUAAUUGUUUCUUCUAGAGGACUCUGUUCCCUAACAGGGCAUAUCUUCAUCUGACACGCUAAACAACGUCAUUGUUGGACACAGUUGGAUUUCAGAUGUUUCCAUACUAACUUAUUAAAUUUAGGCAUGCGACGAGAAUUCCCCAUUCUAAGUUCUUCAUUCAGUUUAAAGGUGAGGUCCUUUUGUUUUAAGCAUAUUUCAGACACACGGUCAUUCUUGAGUUCUUGACCAUGUGUCAGAGUGGCUGAAUUUAGCUUAUCUCCUCCAACAGACUGUGUGGCCAUUGGUGAUUAGUUUGCCGUGAUUUUUAGUUUUAUUCUUAUUGUCCUUAGAAAUUAGGAGACAAGUGGAUGGGGACAUUUGAGGUGCUGCGGACACCCUGCCUUAGCUACCAAUGAUUUAAUCUCUCAUUAAAUGGAAUAUGUAAUGGUGCAAGCUAA